AUGGGCGUGUGCGCGACGGUCCUGAAGCAGCAGUGCCGCGACUACGGCAUUAUCCGUUGGCCUUUCCGAAAGGUUCGAAAACUCGACAGGCUGCUUGUGGCUCUAGUGGAGCACCCUACAGAGGGGAUGACAGGCGAGGCGGCAGCAGCGGCUGCAGCAGCAGCAGCAGCAGCGGCAGCAGGGGCCUCCAAGAGCCGAGCGAUUGCGAAAGUCCAGGAGGAAUCAAUCGCCAAGGCCUCGGAAGCGCAAGCUAGAGCAGGUGAAGGGGGCACUGACCGAAGUGAUUGUCAAUCCAAACUGCUCAGACCUGUCCUAUACACGUCUUCCCCUUUCCCCCAUGGCGUGCUCUUUGUGCAGCUCACCUCAAGUUCCACUUGCCUCUCCAGCUUUCCCUCCCCCUCCUCCACCCUUCCACUCCGCACCUCCUCUCCCUCUUCCCACUGCGCGACCUCUCCUGCUACAACCUCCUCACCCAGUGCAGCCUCUCCUGCUACAGCUGGUUCAGCCAUCGCUGUUUCACUCACACUCGCAUUGCACGCCAACCAUCGUGGCGAAAAGCUCACUGCAGAGCCAACUCAAUAG